AUGACAGUACAAUAUAACCAACUUGUUCUCACCGGGGGUCCAGGUGUAUUUUUCAAAUUGCUAUUGAAAUGGAGAGGAUGUAUUUUCAAACUGAUCUACAUCGAUGUUAUUGUUUUCAUGACUUUAUACGCAUUAAUCACUUGUGUAUACCGUUUCGCUCUGUCGGUUGAGUGGCAAAGAACCUUUGAAGAUAUUAUAAUAUUUACCAGGAGCUUUCAAGGUUUAAUCCCAGUUUCUUUCAUUCUUGGUUUCUAUAUCGAUAACGUCUUUACAAGGUUUUGGAGACUAUUCAUGACCAUCCCAUGGGUGCUUAAGUUCGCCAUCUCAAUUUCUGGUCAUCUUUCUGGAAACUCUGAGCGUGCUCGUUUAAUGCGACGAACGUGCUUUCGGUACAUGAUGUCAAGCCUAAUAAUGACCUCUACACGUCUCAACUUAAUUGCCAAGAAGCGUUUCCCUACACCAGAAUUCUUCGUCGCAGCAGGAAUACUUACAGAAGAAGAGUUGGACAUAAUUAUGAGUGUUAGUCCCAUUCAUGUCCAACCGUUUGUUCCAAUAGUAUGGACUACUUCCCUCGUCACUCUCGCCGGAAAAGAAGGCUUUAUUACUAAUCAUCAUGCCUUGGUGUCCAUCAUUGAUGAAAUAAAUAACUUUCGUCAGGGUCUGUUGGAUAUGUUUAUGAUCGAUUUUGUUUGCAUCCCAUUGGUUUACACACAGGUUGUCACAUUGGCAGUAUAUAUUUAUUUCAUAGCCUCACUUGUUGGUCGUCAAUUUAUAAUCGAUAGUUCGCGAACAAAUUCACAAGAUCUCUAUUUUCCUUUCUUCAUGUUCCUAGAGUUCAUAGUGUAUAUGGGAUUGUUAAAGGUUGCCGAAACACUGGUUAAUCCUAUGGGGGAAAAUGACGAAGAUAUUGAUAUUAAUGAGGUGAUAGACUUUAAUUGGAAAACUGGAUGGUGUAUUGUUGAUGGAAUGAAAACAAGCGCUCCAGCUAUUGUACGAGAUUUCCACUGGCAACAAUCCGUCAUCGAAUUACCCCACACACAGGAAUCCAAACGACUAGCUUCUCGCCCAUUUAGAGGAUCGACAUAUAAUAUAAACUUUCCUUUCACUUCUGAUAUGAUCGGAUCUGCGUUAUCUUUAUCACUAAUUGGUCAUUCACAAGAUUUAACGACUGCCCGUCAUUUAACUCGAAAUAGUACCAUAAAUAUUCCUACUAGGUUGAUUCCAUCUGAGAGCGUUGCUCCCAGCGAAACUGAUAAUACGUCGAGAUUGAAUGUUUUGGAUGAUCAUACGGCUAUGGAUGCUGGGUUUUUAAGUGUUACUCCUAAUACUCCCGCAGUAAACCGUCUUCUUCAUGAACCAAUAGAGGAGGAAGAUGAAGAACGUGAAGAUGACGAUCAGUCUUAUAGCAGGUCAAAAACAACGAUGAUAAUAUAA